UACAGAUCAUACCAGAGAUCAAUUUACUGUAAUCCAAAGUUCAAGAUACAGUAUCCCCAGAACGUCACAGAAUUGGUUGAUCUCGUUAAAGAAAGUAUUGCCAAGGGGUACAGAGUAAAAGGUGGUAUUUCUUCUUUUGAAAUAAAUACUUGUAUAAUACAUGUUUGUAGUUACUAACCUUUUCUCUAUAUUUAAAAGCUAUUGGAAAUCGACAUUCAAUCACAGACAUAAUUUGCACUGACGGGGUUCCAAUAUCGCUUAAAAAUAUCAAUUACACAGAAAUUGAGAAUGAGAAUGACGGGGGGACUGCCAGCUUUGGGGCUGGAAUCGAGCUAUCCGACGCUCUUAUAUUUUUGGAGAAGAGAAACAAAACUUUAAUACAUGUUCCUACUUACGGUUCGUUGUCUUUCAUCAUCUCCUUGAAAUAACGGACACAAUAUAUGUGCCUAUAACCUACCUAAAUACUUGUAUAAUUAUACCAUUGUAAUGUAUGACUUUUGUACUGCUUGUAAAAUUGGUCUAGGUGGUAUAACGUUGGGUGGUGCCAUCGCGACUGGUGCUCAUGGUUCAAGUUUGGUUCAUCCAUCAUCAAUUUCGGACCAAAUUGUAAGGUUACAAAUUAUUGAUGGGAUGGGAAAUCUCAGAGAAAUCAGUGAUCCUCAAGAUGUCAACGCAUUUCGAGUUAAUUUGGGACUUUUGGGAAUCAUUGUCAAAAUCACGCUAGCAAUAGUUCCCUUGUUUAAAGCUACGGUACAAACUACUCUGGAACCAGAGUCCAUCUUAAUGGACGGGACGGCUCAACGAUGGGCAAAUAAUCUGGAUUGGAUGCAAAUGUGGUGGUUCCCUUCUACUUCGAAUGUAGUAGUUUUGAAAGGACAUUAUCAUAUCAAACUGACUGGUAGCAAGAGUGAUGAUUAUUUGGGGAAUGCCACUUCACAAUUUAUUCCAGAGCUUGAUCCGGUUAUCAUAACCACCGGACACGACGCAUAUGAGACACUGGAAGCUAACAAAAAUAGGCCGGGACUGUAUGCCCUUGAACGGUUUACAGAGUUAUCCCUACAUAGUGAAGUGAUUGGAAAACCUCCAAUUUUUUCAGAAGAUGGUGUAAAUAUUAAAAAUCCUGCAAACGGAAUUGCUUGGCGUCUUAUGUCCAACAGAUGCCAUACUUAUUGUCCUUGGAAUAACGGAAAUACGUCUUCAAUACUGCCGGAGGAAUUCUCAGUCGCAUUGCAAAUCUUAAACUUGCCAAGUGCUAUUAAAACUAUCAAGGAAAUACUGGAAAUUAUACCCACUGCUUUUACAAUGGUAGGGAUUUUCAUCCGGUUUUCAAAACCUUCGGACUCUCUCAUGGCCAUUUCUAAUGGCCAUGAAACCGUUACAUUAGAAUGGGCGUCACCAAUGAGGGACAAUCCUUAUGAAGAUGCUAAGGGAGGCCUAGGAGCUUAUCAAGCAAUUCUUCAGUCACUGAUCAAAAAUUACAAGGGGCGACCUCAUUGGGGUAAAAACGGUUUGUACUACUUUCGACAAAGUAUUCUUGAGGAGACCACGAGCAACUUGGACAAAUUCAAGUCCUACAUGAAGAAAUUUGAUCCAGAUGGAACCUUUAUGAAUAACUUUGGGAAGAGAAUCACAGGGAGCUCCAAUGAGAUGAAUAUCGAUCCUCUGGUUCAUCAUUGCGCUUUGCAAGAGUACUGUAUCUGCUCAAAAAAUGAAGAUUGUGGACAUUUUCAGUCCUGCAACAAAGUAAAAGGGUUUUCGGUUUGCAGGGACUUGGCGGAUGUUUAUAGCGACUCUAAUUACGACCCAACGAAUUUAACAUCCAUUCUGUAUGCCAUUGGUGCUAUUCUUCAAGUGGAAGACUAAUAAAUAUUUGCAAUUUGUACGGCGAUAAUUUAUUUUCCAAAAGUUCUCACCAGUAAUAAA